GGACGGAGGACUAAGGGGCCGCUGAGGGGGUCAGGGUGUAGCCCGCUGGGAUUUGUAGUUCAUUCUGCGCCCUUUCUCUAUGAAGUUGCUGAGGCUCAGAACUACAACUCCCAGCAGCCACCACGGCUCGUGGGGGUGGGGAGCGCCUGGCGGCGGCACCCACCAAUUUGCUAGUCUAGACUCUGGCAAGCGACUUGUUCCCUGUUCGCCAUCUCCCCCCCCCCCCCCCGCUGCGAGUUAUGUGAGGGAACUGCAGGCGGGGGGCUCCUAUGAGCUGUGCGCCCCAGCCCUCGGGCAGGGCGGGCCCCAUAACCCGCCCCUGUGGUGCCCGCCGGUGCGGGGCAGACCCCACCCUCGCCCGCGGUGCCCGGUUCCCAUAAGCCGCGCCCCGCGCGGAGGAGGGUGCCGGGAUCAACGCUGGGCAGUAUGCGGGCCCCCUGCUCGGGCUGGUGGCACCUGGGGGUGAGGGUGGCAGGGGUCCGGCGGGGGCUGUUGAGCUGCGGCGGCCCCUGGCGAGGGACGAGUGGCGGCAGCUGGUCCCGCUCUGCCCUGUUCGUGACGGGCCCCUCCAGCGGCUGCGGGAGCCCGGCGGGCCCCGAGGAGGGCAGGAAGCGGGGCAAUAAGCCCCUCAAGGAGUGGACGCUGAUUGUCAGCCCCUUCGGCCAGCUGAAGGUGCGGCUGCCCUGCCACGUUACCGUGCGCCCGCUGGACCCGCUCCGCUACCCGGACGCGGACAGAGCGCUGGUCACUGUCAGCGGGGUGGACAGCAGCCUCCCCCAGGGGGUGGAUCUGGAUCGCCUACAGGUGAAGUACGACGAGGCGCUGAAGGAGAUGACGAUUGUCUCGGACCACAUGGACAGCAAGGCCGCUGUUGUUGUGAAGACACCCAUGAAGUUUGAUUUGGAUAUCAAGACAUCAGGGACUGGCUGUGUGAAGAUUCAGAAAAUAGACUGUGAUAGCUGCAGAAUAGAAACUGAGAAGGGGACUAGCAUCUUACAGUCAAUAAAGAGUCAUAAAAUCCAUGUACGAACUAAAGGAGGCAAAGUGAUCUGUCUGGGAACUCUUCAUGGAAAUGCAGAUAUUCAUGCAGCAGAGAAAAGUAGUGUGAAUAUAGAGAAACUACAGGGGACAUCCAUCAAAAUUUCUACUGAAGAUGGUUUGUUGAAAACCAAAUAUCUUUAUGCAGAAUCUUCAUUUCUGUCUUCAGCAGCUGGUGAUAUUCUACUGGGAAGUAUUCAUGGUGACACAACCCUUCAAACUAAAACAGGGAACAUCACAGUAGAGUCAUCAGAUGGAUGUCUAAAAGCUUCUACACAUCGGGGGGCAAUAGAUGUUUAUGUUAGUCAAGUGAGAAAAGUGGAUCUGAAAAGCCAGAAAGGCUCUAUUACAGUCAAGGUACCUGCCUCUCUUAAAGCUUAUUUACAGUUAUCUGGAAGCAAGGUUGAUGUGAGCUCAGAGAUCCAGUUAAAGGAAACCCAGUGUGCCCCUAAAGAGGGUCACAUAACUAUUACUGGUACAAUAUUGGUCAAGGCAGUAGCAGGAUUGCGAGUUCCUUGGUGGUGCAUAUCCAGGGGAGCUGGGAGGCUACCAAAGAAUGGAGCUGAAUUCGACCAUAGUAUGAAGACAAGAGGGAAACAGCCUAGGGUCAUAUGAAUCAAAUGAAUGAAAGAGACAAAUGGAUUAAGGCUGACACACAGGAUGGCACAGUGCAUCUUAAAAGCCAAAGCUGGUUCCAAUCAAUCAAGCUGCAGGUUUCUUGAGGAUGUAAUAGGCCAAAGGUAUUCAAAAUCAAGGAACGGUGAAGAAAGGUUACUGUACAGUGAUGGUGAAUGCUACUUAUUAAAAUACAGUAAACAAUAUAUUGUGAGGACUUUUUACCCAACCUUUGUAUAUGUUAAAUGACUGUUAUUUGACUCCUGUAUGAAACGGGUUUUACUGUUAGUGCCUUCUACAGUUGCACAAUCGUGUGUAUUCAGGAUUUGUGUAAAACUUGACCCGCACACCCCGCCUAUUCUGAAAGCUAGUGAAUUUCAAGUAAAAGUAUAAAGCCACUGCAAAGAACAUUUUCAACACAGGUUGAUGCCUGAAAAUACAAGAAUUUGAUUUAA